AACAAUUAAUUUAAUUUUUUACAUCACUAAAAAAAAGUAAUUAAAAACUAGUGUAUAUAUAUAAUUACCAUUACUCCAUAUCUGUUUCUCCACCAUAUUAUAAACUCCCUAUAAUUAUAAGAUCUGUUUUAUCUUUCUCCCACCUCCUCCAUAUCUGUUUCUCCACCAUAUUAUAUACUCCUUCAUACAGAACAGAUCAAUUUGUUAAAGGGCUCAUAAAACCUGGAUUUCUGUUGAAUUCUCCUAUUGCGUAAAAUUUACGUGUUUUUUUUUCUUCUCAGUAUUCCUCGUAAUAAGUUUUUUCAAUUUUUAUUCCUUUUAAGAAAAAAAUAUAAACAAUUUAUUGAUGGGCAAGAAACAAUUGGAGUUAGCUUAAAGUGUUUUCAAUUCCAUCAUCAAUCUAAUUUUAUUGCGUUGCAGAAAAUACGCAAUAUUUCCAAUUCCAGCAAAGUUUCUCUUUUGUUGGUUUAAUUGUUUUCGCUGUCCAAACCGGCAAAUACUUCUAAUUAACUUAGAAUUCUAUAUAUCCUCUCUUUUAUCUCUCUCCUCCUAUAAUCUCUCUUUCCCUAUUUUUCCUCCUCUGUUUUUCUUUUCUCUUUUUUUCCCCCUUUCAACUUUUUUUUUAGAGUUUAGGGAGACAGCCUCCCUCUCUCUCUCUCCUCCCUUUGAUCGAUCAAUCAUGGUGGUAGAAAAAGCAUCAAUGCACUCCAAUCUCGAUUGCUUCCUUCAUUGCACUACUCCGUCUGUUCCGUCGCAAUUUCUUCCCAAGUCGGAGAUGCGGAGUUUGAACAGGCUGUGGCACCCGUGGGAGAGAGAAAAUGUUGAAUAUUUCCGGUUGACUGAUCUUUGGAAUUGCUAUGAUGAAUGGAGUGCUUAUGGUGCGGGAGUUCCGAUUGUUUCCGACAACGCCGAAACACUUGUGCAAUACUAUGUUCCUUAUCUCUCCGCAAUCCAAAUCUUUACCAGUGCUCCUUCUCCUCCUAUUUUCAGGGAAGACACAGAUUCAGCAGACGGGGAAACUCGUGAUUCGUCGUAUAGCGAAUCGUGUAGUGAUGAUAGUGAAUUGUCAAGAUGGGAUGGAUGUUCAUCUGAAGAUGGGAAUGGGGUUUUUGAGCAAGAAAACUUGAUGUGGCAAUUAAAUGAAAGGUUGGGUUACCUUUAUUGUCAAUACUUUGAGAGAUCAACUCCGUAUGCUAGAGUUCCUCUCAUGGACAAGAUAAGUGAAUUAGCUCGCAGAUACCCUGGAUUGAUGUCGUUGAGGAGCGUCGAUCUUUCACCCGCUAGUUGGAUGGCUGUUGCCUGGUAUCCAAUAUAUCACAUUCCAAUGGGGAGAACCAUUAAGGACUUAUCAACAUGUUUUUUGACUUACCACACCCUUUCAUCCUCAUUUCAAGACAUGGACCAUGAUGACAACAUGGAGGCCCCGGAAUGGAUAAAGAAGAGGAAGGAAGGCGAAGGCAUCCCUCUGCCUGCUUUCGGUCUCGCCACUUACAAAAUGCAAGGGAGCCUGUGGGUCUCCGGUAAGGGUGGCCGGGAUCAGGAAAGGGUUGUAUCACUUUGCAGUGUUGCUGAUUCUUGGCUAAAACAACUUAGAGUCCAACACCAUGACUUCAAUUAUUUCACUGGGAUUAGGCGUGGCUAACUCAAACAAACUCAAUCACGUACAAUACAACGCCCCCACCCCCUUCCCUAUUUCUAACACAAAAUUGACCACACAGUUCUCCCAUUUCCUUCUAUGAUUUUCAUUUUUACUCCGAUACGAAAUGCCUUGUGUUGGAAUCUGGCAUGGGUGAACCUGAAACUUUGCUUAAGCAACGGCUGAUUAGUGACGAAUUUAGAGGCUAAAUAUGAGUUUAUGCUUUGAUAUGUUGUAUGAUGAGAGUAGUUAGUUUGGUUGGGUUUGCCACGUCUGAAAAAGUGUAUAAUAGUGCAAGCUUUUCAAGAGCUUUUUUCCAACCUUUGGUCACUCUAAAUGGAUGAUAUCCUCUUAACCCACUUUUUCCUUGGCAAAAGUUAGUCAUCUUUACUUUUCUUUCAAGUCAUGGGUGGGCUUAGGAAUGGGGAUGCUGUAUGUAGGUCCACAGAAUGACAGAAUAAUAUGGAUAAAAGAACGGAGAAAAAAGGCAAAAAGUUGUCAUGUACUGUCGUAAAUUGCUCAAUUUCAUGGGUUAAGUGGUGUAUAUUCUCUUUCCAUUGUAAUGAAUCCAUGAGGAAUUGCUUGACAAUGCUUUGUAGGAAGCUCUUAUUUCCACUCACAUUCCGUUCUCUCUUUGUCCGUGCAUGUGAUAUUUUGAAUGAAAUUUUGUUGUAACA